CGGAUAUGACGACAAUGGCGGAAGUUAUCGUCGGCACAACAACAACGCGCCAAAUUUGUGCACAAAUUCACUCCUGUCAUCGCCCCAGACAGAUGAAAAAGUUUGUCCGGUUUUUUAAAAAGAACAUCAGAAAACGUUGCAGGUGCUGUACAGCAUGGCUGUGCCUUUUGUCCAAGACUGGGAUCUUGUUCAGACACUUGGAGAAGGAGCCUAUGGAGAAGUGAGGCUGCUCGUGAACAGACAGACAGAGGAGGCGGUCGCAGUGAAAGUGAUUGACACUUCUCAGGCUAAAGAGUGUGCUGAAAAUGUGAAGAAGGAGGUCUGUGUGCACAAGAUGCUUAACCACCCCAACAUCGUACGAUUUUUUGGCCAUCGGAAAGAAGGUCCCACUAUGUACCUCUUCCUGGAGUACUGCACCGGAGGGGAACUGUUUGACCGAAUUGAGCCUGAUGUUGGGAUGGCAGAAAAAGAUGCUCAUAGAUUUUUCCAGCAGCUCAUAGCCGCUGUGGACUACCUCCACAGUACUGGCAUUACACACAGAGACAUAAAACCAGAGAACAUUUUGCUGGAUGACAAAGAUAACCUGAAGCUGACAGAUUUUGGCCUGGCCACCAUGUUUCGCUUCAAAGGACGGGAGCGUCGCCUCAAUCGACUUUGUGGGACGCUUCCUUAUGUGGCUCCGGAGCUUCUCAGCCAAUCAGAGUACAGGGCUCAGCCUGCGGAUAUUUGGGCCUGUGGGAUAGUUCUCACUGCCAUGCUGGCUGGAGAGCUGCCAUGGGACCAGCCCUCCGAGAGCUGUCAGGAGUAUUCAGACUGGCUGCAGAAGAAAACAUACUUACCUCCUUGGAAGAAAAUACAACCAAUGCCUCUUAGUUUGUUGUCAAAGUUACUGCUGGCCUGUCCGGGUGCACGCAUCGCCAUCGCAGACAUAAAAAAAGACCGCUGGUUUACACAAGGUGUGAAGCAACCACCUCUUGGCUUAGGAAGCAAACAUCUUCGAUCAGAUGGGGGACUCGUAUCCCGGGGCAACAGUGAUGACAGGAUGCAGUUUUCCAGCUCUCAGCCUGAUUUUGCGGGAGUUGGCUGGGAGGCCAUGAUGGUAAUCAGUCAAACAGACGGUCAAGUUAGCUUCUCUCAGCCUACCAAGCCGGAGCACAUGUUACUUGGUAGUCAGCUGCUGGGCACGCCUGGAGCCAGUCAGUCGCCAUGGCAGAGAUUAGUCCGCAGAAUGACGCGUUUCUUCACCACAGUGAAUGCCGACGCCUCCUUAUCUGACCUGAAAGAUGCCUGUGACGGCCUGGCAUUGGGCUUCAAACUCACCUGCACCAAACAGGUGACGGUGAGCACGUUGGACAAACGCAAUAACAAACUUAUCUUCAAAGUCCAUUUACUGGAGAUGAAUCAAAGAGUGCUGCUGGACUUCAGACUGUCAAAGGGUGACGGUUUGGAGUUCAAGCGUCUCUUUGUGAAAAUAAAACACAAGCUUGGUGACAUCAUCAGCACACAGAAGAUCACAUGAGAGUCCUGGACAAAUGCAAGUACACUGCUCUGGGCACCAGAAAGAGAACCUGUAUAUAUGUAGUUCUAAUGAUAUUUUAGAUAUGAUCUAAUGAUAUUAAAUGUACUCUUCUGUUAUCUUUGUUUUUUUUGUCCUUCUAUCCCUGUGAGAACUGAUUCAGUGUUACAUGUCAGGAUGGCAGACGGGGCUUUUUAAAGGGGUUGGUAAUCAGGUUUGAGUUUAGUGUUAGAGUAGGAGGAUUGUUAGAGAAGUGUCCUGGUGUGUCCCUUUCCUGCAUUUGUGAAGACUGAUUUUGUUCUGCAAAUGUUUGAAUAAAACAAUUAUUAAAAGGCAAAAACAGAAAAA